AUGUUUACUUCAUUGAAUUAUUUAUAUUUUCCAUUAUGGAUAAUAGACCCCCUCAUAUCAAGAUUAAGCAUCCAGAUAACCGUUUGAUACAUCUGAAUAACAACAGAGCCAUAUCAUCACCUGUCUCAAUAUUGUCUUGCAAAAGUAGUGGAGAUGCUCAAGAUUAUAAUUUCUCUAUACUGAAUCAGAAAUAACAGUUAUUCGAGAUCUCAGAAGAAAAGAUGGCUUUCAUAUAACAACUCUGAUUCUCCAACUAAGAAUAAAACUGAUAUCAAAUCCAAAUCUCCAGCUAUCAGAACAAUAUUUGAGCAUCAUUCUGCUACGAAAGUACCCAGAAUUAAAGAGAAGAAGUAUACGAAUCGUAUGUUAAAGACUUUCGUGUCAGACCCUAAUAUGACGUACCAGAAUGGACACCCCAGUAAUUUCAGGAAGUUAUUGACUAUUUCUGGACCACCAUCUAAGACCAAUCCAAUGAGCUCACCUAUCAAGAUGUUUAGAGAGCAAGAAAAGAUUGCCAAGAAAGAUCUUCUCAGUCCCAGGAGAGAAAAUAUAAUUCUUAAAGAAAAAAUUCAGAAGCUCCAAAACUCACUUGACCAGAUCAAUCAUGAAGCAAAAUGGCAAGACUCCUUAAUUUCUAAUUGGCUCUCAGGCAAGCCAGUACCAAAAGAGCAAAACGAUAAGUUACAGAAAGUUCUGGGUACAAAGUGCCAGGAAAAACUAGAAACAAUACGUUCAAAAUAUCAAAUAUUUAUACAAAAGCUCAAAGCUUCAUUCUCUAAACAAAUCGAAGAUCUCCAAGAAGUUAUUGGAGAUAUGUCUAACACUCUUUUCAAAAGCGAUCUUGAAGCCCUUGAAAAUGGUGCUGCAAAAACUAUUGAAAAAUGAAAGAAAAAGUAUCAGAUUCUUAAAACUGACAAAAAGAAGACAGAUAAAAAGUUGAAUAUUAUUGAAACAGAAUACGAUAAGAUGCACAAAGACUAUAACAAGCUUCGUUUUGAAUCUGCUAGCACAAUAUCCAAACUAAGAACUGAGAACAUAGGGAUGAAAUCAGAACUAAAUGAUCUCCAUAAGAAACUCUUCAAAUUAAAGGAUGUCAAUAUAGCAGACCUUGAUCCAGUAGAGAUGCACAGAAAACUUAGACUAGUUCAGAGCAGACUUGAACUCAGUGAGAGGCAUAAUUUCAAGAUCGAAGAGAAGUUGAAAGAUAUUAAUGAUGUCUUUAAGAUGAUGGGAAUAACUCUUGAUGAUUUAAAAUAAUGGAAUUUAUACUGGAAGAAUGACCUUGAAGAAGAAAUUAACUAACUCUAAAACAACUGACUUCUCAACCUUCUUCCAGAAAUCUAAGAGAGGGAGUAAGGUGCGUAGGAACACUAAGAAGAAGAAUGAAGGUCUAAUGAAACUGAAGAAGAGUAGGUUACAAUUCAUACAGAGAGGUCAUCUUCUCUCAUUGCACUCUGAUGAUUCGAAGAAAUUAUUAGAGAAUGAAUCAGCAUCAAUGACUUCUGAUGCUUCAUCGCCCCUUAUUGAUAAUAAAUCUGUGGCUGUUGGAAGUCCUGAAAAGUCAUUUAAGAUCAGUGUCAAUGCUCCUAAAUCUCAAACCGAUGAUGAUAUUAUCUCUGAUUAUGAAGAAAGUAUAAGUAGCAGAAUUGAUAGAUUCAAGAAUAUAUCUUCAAUCAACAAGAAAAGUUCAUCAGGCGUAUCAGAAGCCGAUUCAUUCCUUCCAGGGGCAGUUCAUGAAAGACGCGAUUAUGAGCUCAGAAUUCAAGGCGGAGGCAUAGAUCAAUUAUCUUGAUUUAAUUGUAUUUAA